AUGGCCAACCCAUCCACAAUUCCCUUGAGGAGCCGAAGAUCCCAAUCAACUCUCCCAUCCCUACCCCAAACGCUCCCCUCAAACUCCUGGGACAGCCACAUGCACAUCGUAGACCCCGUCCGCUACCCGCUCUCCCAAAAUGCCGCUUACAUCCCCAGCACGCAUACUCUCAACCAAGCUCUCGCUUUCGAAUCAACUCUAGGAAUACGCAACCUCGUCCUCGUCCAGCCUUCCAUCUAUGGCUAUGAUAAUGCACUCUUGCUUGAUGGGCUGAAGCAGCUAGGCCCUACACGCGCCCGAGGUGUUGUUUGUUUCGACGCAGCUGCCAUUACUGCAGACGGUCAUAAUGACGAUGACUGCACGUUAGCGAACUGGCACCGGCUCGGUGUCAGGGGCGUGAGGUUGAAUUUUGUCUCCGUGCCCCAGAAGCUAGACAAGGACGAGCUCCAACGCACUCUCCGUCAGUAUGCUGAUGUCAUACGCCCGUAUGGGUGGGUUCUGCAACUCUACCUGCCCAUGCAGGCAUUGCUAGAUGUCUUGCAAAUCAUUCCUGAGCUGGGCGUGAAGGUAUGUCUGGAUCAUUUUGCGAAGCCGACGUUGCCGUCAUCGUCGUUAUUGCCAUUGAACCCAUACGCAUUACCUGGGUUUACAGAGCUAGUCUCCCUUCUGGAGCAGGGAAAUACAUAUGUCAAGAUUUCCGCGCCGUAUAGACUAAGCGACGAUCCUGAGUUCAAGCAACUGGGCGUUCUGAUGCGUGAGAUGAUGCAAGCGGGUAAGGAGAGACUGGUCUUUGCGACCGACUGGCCGCAUACGCAGUUUGAUGGGAUGGAUAUAACGCCCUUUGUGAAGGCUUGCUUGGGGUGGUGCGCGGAAGGGGAUGCUGACAUGGCGGAUAGGUUAUUUCGACGCAAUGCGGAGGAAUUGUGGGGAUGUUGA